GACAGAGCCAUGGAGCAGAAGCUUCUUCUCAUCCUCAUGAUCUGUGGAAUAAACUGUGUAACAGGUUUGAACACCUUCAUGGAGUCAUAUAAAAACUUCUACUUUGUGAAUGAAUACAAAACAUUUGCUGAGGCUCAGCAAUACUGCCGAGAGCAUUACAUUGAUCUGGUGACUCUGGAGGACUGGGCAGACAUGAAGGAUCUUCUGGCUCUUGAAAACGUAAUGAGCACUGACUCUGCCUGGAUCGGACUGAGGAAAACAGGUCAUGAGCAGUGGCGCUGGGCUGAUCCAGAGCUUUACAAGGACGGAGAAACUGAAUACAGAAACUGGGGACCACAUGAACCAACUAACGGUGGUGAUGAAUACUGUUCAGUAAUGGACUCUAUCGGAAACUUUCGAGACACAGGCUGUGUGACACCCAGGAACUUCAUAUGCUACCACUCAGACCUCUAUGAAAACUACUCAGAUCAUAGGGAGCGUUUUCACAGUAGUUCCAGUGAUGUGGACGUGCUAUUCUCUGGGAAUUACAACAGUUAUUAA